CACACACACACACACACACACACACACACACACACACAGAGGACUGGAGUGGUGGGGGUAGUGGGAAGUUCAGCGCUUUUGACCACUGGGCCUCUCCACCUUGAAUGGUCUUGUUGAAAAGCACGGCCAUAAAUUGCGGGAUGAGCCUCAAACCUCCCCCGCAAUCACAAACCCCAAUGUCCCCCAGCCCCCUCCAUUUCUCUCGUCCGACGGCUAUCUCUUGCCACCCCACCGCCCCCCCACCCCACCCCACGUACAACGAGUGGUGGUUUCCAUCUCGGCCAGCCUUUCGCUCUUGAAAGAGAUGAAAGGAUAAGCAGAAGAAUGGGCACAAAAGGUUGCCAGGCUCGUGUUACUGGGACGGCCCUCGGAGCGCGCCCAUGAAAGGCUUUCGUGGAUGGGAGAAGACACGGACACCGACAGCGGGACAGCGCAUCCUCAAAAGACGUUUGGCAUGACCUGCCCAUGUUAAAAACGCUCGCUCACCUUUGCGUUCCACUCGGUCAAAAUCAAAGCGUGCUCUAAAAGCCGUCGCAUGAAAUGUCAUAUUCAUGCAAGUAUGAUGUAGAUACCUGACUUGUAUACUUAAUUCUCAAAUCCAUCCGAAUCUGAAGUGAACAAAGGGUGAUAUUUGUGCACACGCAGACUUGCAGACUAAGUUAAGCGUUUGAGCAUGAAGUGCUGCCUCCACCAGUGAAAAUACAGUCCAUGCUGUUUUUGUUAGGGCUUCCAAGUUCGCGGUCACUUUUCUUUUAUAGACCUGGUGCUCAACAAGUGGCCAUUCUCCAGCUUUGCCUCUUGUUGUCAUGGUAACAAAAGGUACACUGUACAUUUGCCCCAGGUUAAAACACUUUUCAACAAGGCAAUGCUAGACUGUGUAAUUGUGUUGUCAUUAAUUUUUCUUGGGAUAGUUUGACAAAGCAUGUUACAGACAGGUUAUUAAGACACCUCGGAAGUGGUUUAAAUUGUGUGUGUGUGUGUGGGGGGGGGGUAAUGUGUCAUAUUUCUUCGAAAAGGAGAUUUGCAGGUUGCAACGUUGUUCUGACAACUUAAAUCAUUCAUCUGUCAACAGCAAACGAGAUGAUUAUUAACAUUCGUCUUGGGUUUCUUCUGCUUCACUUUUGAUUCUUUAAUCAUUUGAGGAGGAAUUUGGGAAUUUUUGUCAACUUUGUAUCACAGUGUAGCAUUUCAUACACAAUAUUCUUGUGUUAGCUUUCAAAGUCACACAAGUCUUUGCUAUUAAGAGGACGACAGUAAACCCUAAUCCCCGAUUUGUGAAUUGUAAAUUGCCGUAACAAGUGGCGCAUUUUGAUUUUUGUGGCAGGGCAAGUCUAGUUUACCGUGUUUGGGCAUUUGGCGAACUGAGGGCGUUUUCUACUACACUUGACAAUUUGGUUACAGAAAACGGACUAGAUCUUAGACCAGCUAAAAGCAAGUCUAAGUUGUGGCGCAGGUGCUGUAAUGCGAGUUUUGUGGAUAUGAUCAAAGCGCAGGCAGACAGAUUGAAGACAGAUGUGUGCUGGAUGCCAUCGUAUUGCACUCAGAAAUAUGACAAUUGUUUCAAUUGUGCCUUUAUUGUAAUUGAGGAUCGACUUUGAUAUUUUCAGGUGAUCAUGGUACCGGUCUAAUUUUUGGUAAAUAUUUCCCCAUGGUUAUAGCAUAUACUGGCCGAUUGCCAUACUAUGAUAAGUUUUAAGACAUAGUUAGGUAAACCCACGAAAGUGUCAUAAUGUUGAUGGGUGUUGUGAAAUGAGUAAAGUUUUCGUUAUCACACAGUCCACGCUUUAUCGAUCUUAACAUUUUAACAACAACAAGCAAGAGUUGACGAUACUUGUUUCAGGUCUUGUAGUAAGGUUUUAGCCAGUAUUAGUGUUUGACAGUGGAGGCCCCCUUCAAGGAUGCACAGUAGCGCCACUAAAAUUAGAUUUCCGAAAUUCCUGACUGGGAUCUUCACCAUCAACACGCACACUCCCACUCUUCUCGGUGUCUCCCUCGCGGCAUUCCUCCUCUUCCUCGGCGUUUACUGUCACUCACGCCAAAUCCUCCAAAAGCCUUCCGCCGUUCUCGGCGGUGGCGUAUUUGCCUGAACUCGCCCUGCGUGCUGUCAGAUAUUUUGCGCCUGGGGGGGUCACGUCAGCGAGAGUUUGCACAGGGAAAGUGCGGACAAACAAAGGUGUCAAGCCAAAAGCCUGCCGGUUCUCCCCCUCUUCCUCGUCCCGGUGUCGUCACCCUGGGGAGUUUAGCCGCUUUACUGUCAACGCCCACGCCUCUAUUUCUAAAAACAAUUUUUUUUUUCCUCAGUGCCGGGGUCAAAUAGUCCAACCAAAAUCAGUUCAAACAUGUUGCGGGGCUGUCAAGUGCCUGCCAAGGCAACAGGUGGCGCUACAUCACUAAACUGGUCACUGGUUUGAUUCAGUCAGAUGAUAUGGUUGUCAUGUACUCAUUUACAUUUAAAUUCAUAUUUGUUUAAAUAUUUGUAUUACAUUUAAAUUUAUCGAGGCUAUGUCAGACCUCGUCAUGAAAAACAAAGGUUGAACACCAUAUGUGCAAGUAGAAAAAUAAAUGAAAAAUCAAAAUAUUGUGAAAAAAAAAAUCUGAAAAUUGGAUAAAUGUAUUUGCGAAAGAAAUGGCAAACCACUAGAAAUGGCAAACUCGUUAGAUUUUUGCAAAUGAUAUGAAAAUAUUUAAAAACAAUUCGAAAUCUAAAUUUUAAAAAAAAGCUAAAUUGUAAUGGAAAUAUAGAAUUUUAGAGUUUUCGAAAAUGACUUUUAAUAAUGGAUUAAAACAAACAUUCAUUCAAUUUUCAAAAAUCUUCACUUGGAAGGAAUAAAACCAAAAACUUAGUUUGCAUUUGGACCAAAAGAAGAACCCAAACAUUUCCUUUUCCCAUGACAAAUAAUAAGGGAAAUAUAAACAUUGCAUGAGGAUAAGCGGUUUGGAUAAUUGAUGGAUGGAUGGAUGGUGUUCAUUUGGAACACGACGCCGCAAUCCACCAACCCACUUCCUGUUUUUCCCUUUGGGGUGGGUGGCAUUUGUGUUUUGGGAAAAACAACAUUUCUCAUGAACCCAAGCAGAUUUUCAUUCAGUCAUUAAAUGCCCCAUAAAUACAAACCUGAUCCUAUUCCUGCCUCGUACAUCAACUCUGCACAGGCAUUGGCGAGGGGCCACCCAGCAAUGAGCCGCUCGCCGUUAUAGCCCCCAAACCCGAGUCCCCGCUCGUGUCCAGAUGUCACACAUGCAUGUGAAGCAUAACUUAAUGACACACGACCACUGUUACUUCUGGUAUAUCCUCCUUCAACGGAAACUCAAAUUGGAAACAAGCUAUUAUGUCGAUUAUGGCAAAUGGCGGUGCUGUCAAGGUGGCCAAAGUGUGUCAGCCGUCCGACAUCAAUUAUGGCAACCUCCCUGCAGUAGCCCGCUCUGCUAUAUCCAGACCAAACCUCGUAAUGGAGGCUGGAUAUUGCGAGGCCACAAUGUAUAUCCCCUCCCCAUCAUCCUCUCCUCUUCCAGUUUGAUUUGUUGACCGUUUUCCACUCCUGACAUCCUUUCCUCAAUCAAUGGACCUCACCAUUGCAACCUUUAGCGCGCACACACACACACACACACACACACACGCACGCACGCACACACACACACACACACACACACACACACACACACACACACACACACACCAAGCCCCAGAUGGUUCCAAUUUCAGGGGUAAAUGCACCGCUUCUUGCAAUCUGACCCAAUUAGCCCGAGAUGGCUGGAAAUGUCCCAGCUCGAGACGCGGUGGCAAAGAGGUAAAGGUUCAAAGGUGAGGUCCACGUGUAUGUGGUUGGGUUGGGGGGAUGGUGGACGCCGACUGCCUGCCCAUCGAGCAGCCAGCAGCAAACCUGCUCGCUGCUUCGGACAUGUUCGGGACAGGUGAAAAUACAUAAGCAUCAGGUAUCAGCUGUCCUGGUUAGCCAUUGGAGUCGGAACUUGGCUCUUUCCUGAUGGUUCCAAAAGGAAAAGAAAAAGAAAAGAAAUGGCACUGUAACCAGAACUCGACUGCUGGCCAGGCCGAUUAGAGCAGCUCGUUCUCAGAUGUGAUUAGGCUCAUGUCACAAGGACGAGAAAACAAUUGAUGGAUAUCGAAAAGUAUCGAUUUUAUUUAAGAAUACAUUAUUGAUAUAUGAGUUGUAGAGGAUGGCAGGCUUGAAUGUGUUGUCAUACUUAAUAACACUUCACUGGAUAUCGCGAUGUACCGUAUCGCUUUCACUUGCAAUCCAAUACAAGCACACAACCCUCAAGCAUCUGAAGUAUUUCAUUAUGAUUUUCUGCCAAUAAUAAUAAGAAAAAAAAAACAAAACAAGAAAAGAGGACAUGCUAUUGUAGUGUGAGGUCCACUGAUGUUACUGUACUGCUAUCCAUACCUCAAAUGUUGACAUUCUAGCUUUCCCAUGUCGAAAAAAAAAGUUGGUUUUAUGCCAAUAACAUAAUCACAUUAGCGGUAGUGUUGGCAGAGUAUCCUGCGAAUGCCGUAUCGUGAGUUUGACAGCUUUGUAAAAGGUCAAAGAGAGGAACAACACACAAGUACUCUAUGCACGCGAGCGCACACACACACGCACACACGCACAGAGUCUGACAAACAAACAACACAUGCGGCUACAAGUUUGUCCUGUGCAAAACUGAAAUUAGCGCUUGGAAUGUUCACUUUGGGGAAAGGCGGGUCUGGGCGGGAACCGGAGUUGGCCCAGUAGGGGCCUCGUUAGAGAUGAGUCGGGUUUUGCUAAUUGGCUUAAUCAGAAGCAGGCGUUGCUCAGGAGCAGACUGGCGAUGGCCACCGGGCGCCAUUGAGGGCGCCAUCGGCCCACGCGGACGCUCUCAGGCUACCUCGCUAGGGUCGCUAAUCCUCACCGGUGUCUCGUUGCAGGACAUUAUUCAUCCAGGAAGACUUUCACUGGGAUGUUUCCGUAGUUAAUCAUCUAGUUGCAAGCUUAACACCUCGUGGUGUCAUCCCCCUUUGCCUCUGUCUCACCAGAGGCAAAGUGUUACAGGUUGUACACUUAACUUGCUGUACAACACACGGACGGAUCACGUUUCACACGCAGACUUUGUGUCAGGAAACCUCGAGUAAUUAGCCCCGGAUUGAUUUUCAGAGCUACAAUGGACUCAGUGCGGCCCGCUUGUUCACAUUCCCGCCGCCUCCAUCUGUCUCUCAUGUGGGAUUCAAGCCCCUUCUACACAGCCUGUGAAAGGCGGCAUUGUCCCAGCUUUUUAAAUGGAUUUAAAACCCUAGUGUGCCACCAUUGAGGUAAUAUCAGGAACCCUUGGCACUGUCUGUCCAGUGUGUAAGGUACCGAUGUGGGUUGAAGUUGACCCACAAAUUAACUACCUUUCAACCUAGCAUCGGGCGGAAGGUGGGAAUUUAACACCCAAGACUGAUUGCCGUGCGGCCUUUGUGCUAAAAGCAAUUAUCACUAGUGCUAAUCUAUUUGAAUGUGCAAAGCCCCCCCACCCCCCCCAAAAAAGCCACAGGCUGGGAAAUGCCAUUUCACACAGUUGUGCACACAGUAAAUGCCUGCUCACGAGAGAUGUGGGCGGAGCUUACCAAAGGAUUACUUUGAAUGCCUUUUUAACGGAGGAGCCAAUUAAGGGACUCACCCUUGAUUAUAAAUUGCGAUUAAUUUAUUUUUGCAUUAGUCUGAAGUAAGAAUAGUAAAAUGAAAUUAUUUACAUAGGGGACAAUAGUUUCAUUGACAUCAAGACGGAUGAAAAACUACAUCCUGAAAAAACCUGACAAACUGAAACUGUCGCCGCUGAGCAGAGUCACACUGCCCCCCUGUGGAUGGGAGGGUAAGUCCCCUUUUGACAUCCUAAAAAGUCCUUUCUUUUCCGCACACCUUCCGAAUCUUUUCCCUGAUCAGCAUCCAUGAAGUGACCUGACGUAGCAAGGAGGUGAGUGACGCCCGAAGGGAUUGCGGUGACGUCGGAUGAGGCGGGGAGAGAUUGAGACUCGCUCAUGCGGUUUACUCCCGAGCAGCAGCAAGCUGUCAUUGUGUAUAAUCUGCAAAUUUCCUCAGAUGACGCAAAGGCUGUGACUUUGCCUCUGCCAUCCUUGGCACAUCCGUCCUCUUCAUCUCCCGAUGCCUCGCUCUUGUUGGACGGGAGACAGCUACGCUAAGCAGGCAGGAUGACAAACCAGGCCGCAGUCAACCAGUCCAACGCCACCAAAGCCAAGGCAGGAGAUGAAAGUCGGCAGGAUGACAGCACCGAGGUGGGCUUCAAAGACGCUGGCCACUGCAGCCGCAACACCCACAACCUCCUGCUGGGGCUCACUGUCAUGGGUGUGGUGAUGGGAGCAGUCUUGGGCAUGCUGCUGCGCUACAUGAGGGUGACGGACAGCUCGACCCUCAUAAUGGUCUCCUUCCCCGGAGAGAUCCUCAUGAGGAUGCUCAAAAUGCUCAUCCUGCCCCUCAUCAUCUCCAGCCUCAUCACAGGUCUGGCCGGUCUGGACGCUCGCUCCAGUGGUAGGAUGGGCAGCAGAGCCAUGGUGUACUACAUGAGCACCACCAUCAUCGCCGCCAUCCUUGGCGUCAUCCUGGUGCUCAGCAUCCAUCCCGGCAACCCCAAGCUCAGGGGGGGCACUACUGUCUCCUCUGCACCGAAGAACCAGGAAGUCAGCAGUCUGGACGCCUUCCUUGACCUCAUCCGCAACCUCUUCCCGGAGAACUUGGUGCAGGCGUGCUUCCAGCAGGUCCAGACCGUCUUGAAACAGGCAGCGAUGGCGGCCACAAACCAAACGGAACCAAUCACAGUCAGCAGAAAGAAACUAGAAUAUAAAUGGGGCAUGAAUGUUCUUGGGUUGAUCGGAUUCUUCAUCACCUUUGGUAUCUGCAUGGGCAGAAUGGGCGAGCGCGGCAAAGUCAUGUGCGACUUCUUCAACAUCCUCAACGAGAUCAUCAUGACCAUGGUGUCCAUGAUCAUGUGGUAUUCCCCGGUGGGCAUCGCCUCGUUGAUCGCGGGCAAAAUUGCGGCCAUCGGGAAUCUGGAGUUGGUGGCACGGCAGCUGGGCAUGUACAUGGUGACCGUCAUGGUGGGCCUAAUGAUACACGGCGGCCUCAUCCUACCCGCCAUCUUCUUCGGCAUCACCCGCAAGAGCCCCUUCACCUUCUACUCAGGCAUCUUCCAGGCGUGGAUCACCGCAUUGGGCACGGCCAGUAGCGCUGGGACUUUGCCGGUGACCUUCCGCUGCCUGGAGGAAAACCUGAAGAUCGACAAGCGCGUGACCCGCUUCGUGCUGCCCAUCGGCGCCACCAUCAACAUGGACGGCACGGCGCUCUAUGAGGCCGUGGCGGCCAUCUUCAUCGCGCAGAUGAAUGACAUCACGCUGGACGGUGGCCAGAUUGUUACCGUGAGCAUGACGGCCACGCUGGCCAGUGUGGGAGCAGCCAGCAUUCCGAGUGCCGGAUUGGUCACCAUGUUGUUGAUCCUGACGGCCGUGGGCCUCCCCACCCAGGACAUCAGUCUGCUCAUCGCCGUCGACUGGCUGCUCGACCGGAUGCGCACCUCCAUCAACGUUGUGGGCGACUCGUUCGGGGCCGGUAUCGUGGACCACUUGUCCAAAGUGGAGCUCCAGGAAAUAGAUGCGGCCGAAAUGCAAAUUCUUCCGGUGGAGGAAGAAUUGGAUUUCAUCCCGCCACCGCCCAUCCUCACCGAGAUGGACCUUGUGGACCCGCUCAAGCCGCCCGAGCUUCCCCCCCGUUCGCCCCGCCCUCCCAAGCAAAACCACCACGGCCACGUCCUAUCCCAGUCCCACUCGGUCACCUAUUCUCCAUCCCGUUCUAUCCGUUCACCGUCUCCGCGCUCUAUCCGCUCGCCUUCCCCGCGUUCCGUGUGCUCCCACUCUCCUCGGCCUUUCCGCGCCCACUCGCCUCGCCUCCUCUGCAGGACGGAGCCGGGCUACUGCGCCCUGCCCAGCCACGACAACCAGGUCCCCGCCCUGUCUCUCUGCUACCGGGACCGGGACCGCCUGUACCGAGAGAGCGAGACGGAGGAGGAAGAAGAGCGAGAACGAGAGCGCAUUCUGGGCGAACCCAGCGACGGCGAGGAGAGCGACGACACCGCGUACGACCGGCGGCAUGCCAUCCAACCGUGUGACCUACCAUGAAAACAACUAACUUGGUUCAACUCAUGUUACAAUCAAAACACUUCCCAUUUGAUGCUAAAAUUAUUAAAUUAAUUUAUCUCUCACU